CUCCCCGCCGGGGCCCCGCCCAGCCUCACUUCUUUUAAAAGCAGCACCCAGCAGCGCGCCCGUGGCGUGCGCCUCGAAAGGCCGGGAGGACGUCAUCGACGCGCUGUCGAGCCUCCAGCCCGCCCCGUUUUCCUUCGCAGUGACUCGGCGGCGCCCGGGACAGCGCGCACCGACGCUCAAACGCGCGCUCCAGCCCGCAGCCGCCUCCUGCCUCACCGCCCGAAGAUGGCGGCUCUCAAACUCCUCUCCUCCGGGCUUCGGCUCUGCGCCUCUGCCCGCGGAUCUGGGGGAACCUGGUACAAGGGAUGUGUUUGUUCCUUUUCCACCAGUGCUCAUCGCCAUACCAAGUUUUAUACAGAUCCAGUAGAAGCUGUAAAAGACAUCCCUGAUGGUGCCACGGUUUUGGUUGGUGGUUUUGGGCUAUGUGGAAUUCCAGAGAAUCUUAUAGAUGCUUUACUGAAAACUGGAGUAAAAGGACUAACUGCAGUCAGCAACAAUGCAGGGGUUGACAAUUUUGGUUUGGGGCUUUUGCUUCGGUCCAAGCAGAUAAAACGCAUGGUCUCUUCAUAUGUGGGAGAAAAUGCAGAAUUUGAACGACAGUACUUAUCUGGUGAAUUAGAAGUGGAGCUGACACCACAGGGCACACUUGCAGAGAGGAUCCGUGCAGGCGGGGCUGGAGUUCCUGCAUUUUACACCCCCACAGGGUAUGGGACCCUGGUACAAGAAGGAGGAUCGCCCAUCAAAUACAACAAAGAUGGCAGUGUUGCCAUUGCCAGUAAGCCAAGAGAGGUGAGGGAGUUCAAUGGUCAGCACUUUAUUUUGGAGGAAGCAAUUACAGGGGAUUUUGCUUUGGUGAAAGCCUGGAAGGCGGACCGAGCAGGAAACGUGAUUUUCAGGAAAAGUGCAAGGAAUUUCAACUUGCCAAUGUGCAAAGCUGCAGAAACCACAGUGGUAGAGGUUGAAGAAAUUGUAGAUAUUGGAGCAUUUGCUCCAGAAGACAUCCAUAUUCCUCAGAUUUAUGUACAUCGCCUUAUAAAGGGAGAAAAAUAUGAGAAAAGAAUUGAGCGUUUAUCAAUCCGGAAAGAAGGAGAUGGGGAAGCCAAAUCUGCUAAACCUGGAGAUGACGUAAGGGAACGAAUCAUCAAGAGGGCCGCUCUUGAGUUUGAGGAUGGCAUGUAUGCUAAUUUGGGCAUAGGAAUCCCUCUCCUGGCCAGCAACUUUAUCAGCCCAAAUAUAACUGUUCAUCUUCAAAGUGAAAAUGGAGUCCUGGGUUUGGGUCCAUAUCCACGACAACAUGAAGCUGAUGCAGAUCUCAUCAAUGCAGGCAAGGAAACAGUUACUAUUCUUCCAGGAGCCUCUUUUUUCUCCAGCGAUGAAUCAUUUGCAAUGAUUAGAGGGGGACAUGUUGAUCUGACAAUGCUAGGAGCGAUGCAGGUUUCCAAAUAUGGUGACCUGGCUAACUGGAUGAUACCUGGGAAGAUGGUGAAAGGAAUGGGAGGUGCUAUGGAUUUAGUGUCCAGUGCCAAAACCAAAGUGGUGGUCACCAUGGAGCAUUCUGCAAAGGGAAAUGCACAUAAAAUCAUGGAGAAAUGUACAUUACCAUUGACUGGAAAGCAAUGUGUCAACCGCAUUAUUACUGAAAAGGCUGUGUUUGAUGUGGACAAGAAGAAAGGGUUGACUCUGGUUGAGCUCUGGGAAGGCCUGACAGUAGGUGACAUACAGAAGAGUACUGGGUGUGAUUUUGCCGUAAGUAUUUCUGUGAACAAAUCCAGCCACUUGUCUUAUAUUAUAGGCUUGAUUAAUGGGUGUUUACAGGACAUGAACCAUUAAUUUGUGAUCAUUUUUGGAGUUGACCUUUACAGUGAACAGGAGUAGAAGGAGGGGUGCCUCUAGAUGAGAGCAGGUGGGAACAGAGCUGUGCUCUGACUCACAGGCCAAGGUUUAGCUUAGGACUCAGAAGCAGGAAGGGGACACACCACCAGGAGCUGCUAGAAACAAGGUUGAGCUUGAGCUCUAAGCUACUUUAUGUUUUGAAGGCCCUUGUAAUCCUCUGUUCUUUGGUUAUAUGGCAGCUGUGCUUGAACUUGAUUAACUGAAAAAUGUGAGCCACAUAUGAAGAAAUGAUACUUCCUUAUUUUUAAACCCAUUUAUGACUUACAACUUUCUCUAAAUUCUAUGCCAUAUUUCAUCUGUUGAAAAUAUUAAAAUGUUGGGCCUCUGACGUCACCAGGUUAAUCAUCACAAAACUGACAUGCCCUGUAUUUGAAGAUAAGUACAUAAAACACUCAGACUUACAAAGCAGAUAAAUACAUCAGGGGAGUAUCCAUUUAAGAAACCUCCAAAUCCGUUUUUAAAACAGAAUAUUACUGAAAUAUAAAUAAUUGCUCUUUAAUAUAAGUGCUUAUUCAGAAAUCAAUCACCUAGCUAAUGGCAUUGAAAGCAUGGCUCAGUCUAUUUGAAGUUAACCAAAAGUAAAACUAAAAUGUCUCUGAAGAAAGGAAGGAAAGUGUAUUAGUCCAUUUUCACAGAGCUAACAAAGACAACAUAAGAUUGGGUAGUUUAUAGAGAAAAAGAGGUUUAAUGGACUCACAGGUCCACAUGGCUGGGGAGGCCUCACAAUCAUGGCAGAAGGUGAAGGAGGAGCAAAGGCAAGUCUUAUAUGGCAGCAAGCAAGAGAGUGUGUGCAGGGAAACUGCCCUUUAUAAAACCAUCAGAUCAAAGACUUACUCACUAUCAUAAGAACAGCAUGUGAAAAACCCGCCCCCAUGAUUCAAUUACCUCCCACCAGUUCCCUCCCAUGACACAUGGGGAUUAUGGGAGCUCCAAAUCAAGAUGAGAUUUGGGUGGGGACACAGCCAAACCAUAUCAAAAAGGGAUAUUAUUCUCAUACCUAUUUAAGAACCAAUCUAAUUAAAAUGAAAUGUAUUUAUAAUGAGAAGAAAAUAUGUUAAUGUUACAGCUACACAUCUUGGAGAAACUAAUUUAACAAAAGUUAUUUGAUAAGUCAUACAUAUAUUUUAUGUAUGUCUUUCUUGUGUACUACAUGCUUUGCUUGUACCUAUCAGUGCAUAACACAUUUUUUUUUUUUUGAGAUGGAGUCUUGUUCUGUCGCCCAGGCUGGAGUUCAGUGGCGCGAUCUCGGCUCACUGCAAGCUCCGCCUCCCGGGUUCACGCCAUUCUCCUGCCUCAGCCUCCCCAGCAGCUGGGACUACAGGCACAUGCCGCCACGCCUGGCUAGUUUUUUGUAUUUUUAGUAGAGAUGGGGUUUCACAGUGCUAGCCAGGAUGGUGUCGAUCUCCUGACCUUGUGAUCCGCCCACCUCGGCCUCCCAAAGUGCUGGUAUUACAGGCGUGAGCCACUGUGCCUGGCCUACACAUUUCUCUAAAAACGAUUUUUGUUUCGUAGUUCAUUAUCCAUAUAAUAACUGUUCCUGGUUCUCUACCAAGGUCUUUGUCUAUUAACCUUUUUUGAAUGUCCCUUUGGAAAAAGAAGUCUCCCAGUAAUACCUUGCAUGCAAAGCACAUCUUUAAUUAGCUUUUCAAUAACCUCAAGGGGAAGGAUAUGCUUAUACUUUAACUAUUUAGGAUUUCUUACUCUAGUGAGAAAAGCAAACAAUCUGUAAUCAGCUAUUCUUUAUUUUUUUCUAUGUGGAAGAAUUAACCUCUUCAUCAGAUAACAUUUUCAAGAUCCACAGAAUGUUCAGUUUUUUUUGCAGCAAAAGAGAAUGUACAAAGGAAGACCUGGUUAUCUAGUUCUUUUUUUAUUCAUGUGGGUAAAUAAGGAAUGAAAAUAUGAGUUUUUACUGUUCUUGCUUUGUUUUCCAAUAAAAGGUGCUGUUCCAAUGGAAAAUAUCUCUGUAGACCCUCUCAAUUUCAGUACCAUCUCUUCUUUUCACAGGGAUAUGUAAUCUUGUUUUCUCCAAAUUAGGAUGUUGAGAUGAAAUGUUAAUUUGUAUGUCAAUGUUGUCCUGAGAAUGAAAAGGUAUGGUAUCAAUGGAACCAUCCAGAGGACUAGCUUUUGAGCAUCUGACGAUCAAUGGCAUCUCUUUAGACUCUGGCAGAUGAAAUCACAUAUAACAGGUUGUUUCUCUGUAAGGCUAGAGCUGGAGUGCCCUAAUUAAUAAAAUGUUCUACUUAAUACCUGGAUUAUCAAUAAGGAUACAUUUAAUUACAAAAGUACAUUGAAGAUAGCAUUUCUUUCUUGAUAAUUCAGAAGACAUUCCAUGUCCUAAUUCAGAAAAUAUUCCCUGUGGUUAUCACUGCAUAGCUAGCAUUGUACUCCAUAUGUGACUAUAUACUAGUUGCUUAAGUUCUGUUUGAGAAAAGUCCCUAGAACUCAGCCUUCAACUGGCAGUCAACAUUCUAGAAGGGAAUGAUUGGCCAGUGUUGCCUCAUAAAGAAAAAAAGGUAAAAUCCUAGUGCAAAACAAUUUUAAAAUGUGUUGGUAAAAGUUGUAUCCCUAAGGAUAUGGGCAAGUGAAUGGGCAAAAGCUACAUUAUGUGGAUAUUAGCUGGUUGGGAAAAUACUGGGAAUUCCAAAGUAAAAGACUAAAUAUGACAGCAUCAGAUAAUAGGACGUGACAAAAUUUUGGUUUUAGGAUAUCAAAAAAGAAUGAUAAUGAAAUAUUUGGGCACUGUUAAAAAAAUUACUAAGACUUUUUCAUAUAUAUCAUAGUGCUAUUAGCCAUACAUAAUUAAAAAAUGGAAAAAAAUAUGAUUUCUAUCACAUGAAACAUAACUUUAAAAAAUCUGUAAUGACUGUCACAGUUUUGUUAAUGAUUUUGUUGAUCUUAAUUUUGUUGAUCUUUUGUUAAUGAAAGUUGGAGUUUUCCAUCGGAGGGCAGUAUCUUGAAGGUCAUAUAUGUCUGGAACUUGGUAGAGGCUGUGGAAAUUUUGUUGUAGAAAUGCAAAUAUUGAUUAUAUUUCUGGAACCUUCAGCACACACCCAGAAUAAGAUUCUAGUCAGGAGCUGUUUACAGCUAGAGAAGCCAACCAUAUGAUUACUCUCCCUCAAAAUGUAGAUGCUAUGAAGAUAGGGACUUUGCUGUUUCUUGGGGAUUGAGUGCUGAAUCCCUUGAGAGAAAGGAACUGAGCAGGUAGAGGUAAAAGUAUUACUAUUAUACAGGCUAGAGUGAGGGAUGUGGCCUAGGUGUACAGUCACAGCAGGCUUCCCAGUUGUGAACCCCACAGAUACAGAGGCUUUGGCUCCCCAGUGUAGGCAGCACCAGAGAAACCCAGGCCUCCCACAAGGGUAGGCUUCAUUGCUGAGCUUCCAUCCACAUGGCUGAGAGCAAAACAGAGCAUUGCUUUCUAGGUGAAGACCUCAGUGAAGCGGAGGAGUCAGGCUGAGUUUCACAUGUUAAGGUUCCUCUGCCCAAAUAAUCAUUGAAUUACAUCAAAACGGACACACUGGAGGCCAGGGUAGUUACACGAAUAGAGGUGUCCUUCCGCAUGGAAUGGAAUAUCAGAAGUGGGGAAUAAAGUCUCCCCUGUCCCCAGUGCUAUUGGUAGAGCCUUGUAUGUAUGUUCAUGCUCUACAAAUGCUUGUGAUGCUGUUCAGUAAUGCUUUCCUAUUUUUAAAUAACUGUGGUGAAAACUUUAAAAAAAUUUACCAUCUUAACCAUGUUUAAGUGUACAAUGCAGUAAUAUUAAGUGUAUUCACAUUGUUAUACAACAGAUCUCUAGAACUUUUAUAACUUGCAGCUCUGAAACUACUCAUUAAACACUAAUUCCACAGCCUUUGGCAACCACUGUUUUUGCUUUCUGUUUCUAUCAUUUUGACUAUUCUAGAUACCUCAUAUGAGUGAAGUCAUACAGUAUUUGCCCUUUUGUGACUGGCUUAUUUUGCUUAGCAUAAUAUACUCAGGUUUCAUCUGUGCUGUAGCAUGUAUGACAGGAUUUUCUUCUUUUUAAGGCUGUGUAAUAUUUCAUUUUGCAUAUAUACCACACUUUCAUGACCCACUCAUCUGUUGGUAGACAUUUGGGUUGCUUCCACCACUUCGCUACUGUGAAUAGUGCUGCAGAGAACAUGGAUGUGCAAAUAUCUCUUUGAGAUUCUGCUUUGAAAUUUUUUAGAUAUAUAAUUCAGAAUUUGGAUUGCUGGAUCAUAUGAUAAUUCUAUUUUUAAUUUUUUGUGGAACUGCCAUACUGUUUCACAAUGGUUGCCCCAUUUUACAUUCCCAUUGUCGGUGCACAGGGGUUCUAAUUUCUCCAUAUCUUUGCCAACAGUUAUCUUCUGUUUAAUAGUGGCGAUUCUAAUGGCUGUGAGGUGAUAUCUCAUUGUGGUUUUGAUUUGCAUUUAUCUGGUGAUGUUCUCAAAGUUUCUCAUAUAUUCUGGAUGCUAAUCUCUUAUCAGAUGAUUUUUGAAUGUUCUUUUCCAUUUCAUAGGUUGCUUUUUCACUGUUUUCUUUGACACAUGGAAGUUUUUAAGUUUGAUAUAGUCUUCUGUCUUUUAUGCUGCUAGGGCCCAACAUUUUCACAACUAAGGAAUCCUUUGGCUUAUUUUUCUCCCAUUGUCCUCAGAUUUUGAAAGAAGUCUGUCUCCCAAAUAUUUAAAGAGUCAAAAUGAUGUCAUAUUAAAGCUGUGACAAGCUAAUGAAUAUGUCAAAUUUCUUUAUUUUUUGGCGAUACUUAACAGCAUUCAGUAUGCCAGUUACUUGAUGGGCCAAAGUAUUAGGUUGAUGCAAAAGUAAUUGCGGUUUAAUAAAUGGUUUUGCCAUUGAAAAUAACGGCUUUCAAUUGGUUAUUUGGGUUGUUUCUUUUCUGAUGAAUGCUUAAGCUAUGUAAAAUAGGUGUUUUUAUAAACCAUAUGUCUAUGGACCUCUUUUGAAACAAUAUUUCUUUGAUUUUAUCUUCUUAACUUAAAAAAUUAAAAAUGUAUUCCAUAUUUAAACAUUAUGUGGUAGAAUAAACUUGCAGAUGUCACUAGUCAUACACCCAAUGUAUGUUCCAUAUUGAGCUGUAAAAUGUGAAUAAAAUAGAACUAAUUUAUGGUUCUUGCUCCCAAGAGCCUUGGCUUUAUUCUCCAGGCAGGAAUAUACCUAAACCACCAGUGGCAAAACAAACAAACAAAUAAAAAACUAGUAAAAGCAUUGUUUGUUGAUAUGUUUGCAGUGGAAUCUGAAAGAAGCUGCAGACAUUCCUUGCCUAAUUGAAUAAAUUUAUACUGUCAGUAUCUACUAUGAACUGGCAUUCUACCAGAGUCAAGCAAUAUACUUUUGGGAUAUUAAUGCACUGGGAAGACAAAUCAUUGGCUUGUCUUCUAUACCUAAAUCAUGUCACCUUGUGCUUAGCCUGCAGAUCACAUUGGCAGAAUAAGCUCCUCUGGCUUGCAUGAAUUUACAACGUUGAUGAGACUGGGAGAACAGAAUGAGAAAUGGUGGUUUAGUAGAUGUUUUUCAUUAAAAAGCAGGCAAAGUCAGUCUAUAUAAAGUGUUAUCUUAUUUUUGAUGUCAUUUUUCACAUUGAAAAUGUAAAUGACAUUAAGAGCUCAAAAUAGGGCUGACAUGACAAGGAAAACGAUCAUAUGUUUAGUUAAAAAAAUUAAUGUGUCCAGUUUCUUUUUAAAGGAAGUGCUAUGAAGCAUCUAUAGAAAAUGAUUUGUAGUAAAAAAGUUUCACUAAAUUGGGCCAGGCAUGGUGGCUUACGCCUGUAAUCCCAGCAGUUUGGGAGGCUGAGGCAGGUGGAUCACUUGAGGUCGGGAGUUCAAGACCAGCCUUACCAACAGGGAGAAACCUCGUCUCUACUAAAUAUACAAAAAUUAGCUGGUCAUUGUGGCACAUGCCUGUAAUCCCAGCUACUUGGGAGGCUAAGGCAGGAGAAUCGCUUGAACCCAGGAGGCGGAGGUUGUGGUGAGCCAAGAUUGCGCCAUUGCACUCCAGCCUGGGCAACAAGAGCAAAACUCCGUCUCAAAAAAAAAAAAAAAAAAGUUUCACUAAAUUAUUUCCACAGAUGCUCUGUUGUUUAAAAAAAAGAAAGAAAAUGAACUGUGAGACAUACUUAUCUAGAUAUUAAAUGUUAUUCUUAGUAGAGUUGAAAAUCUGUGCGUAUGUGUGAUAUUACUUUUUGUCUACUUAUUCUGUUUAUUUUGUCUAUAUGUCUACUCUUAGAAAUAAGUCAUAAUGUGUUCUCAUUUACCAUAAGCUAUAUACCAAAUCGUGCUGAACUUUUUUAUUCUUGUUUAUUCUUAUUUAUUCUUUUAGUAGACAUUUUUGCCAUUCUGGUUUAAUAUUUUAGUACAAAAAUGGAAGACAAGACAUUAACUCUUGAUACUAUGAAGAGUUAAUUGUGAAGAGCUAAUGCAGACGUUAUUUAUAAAUGAACUAAAACUAUUUAACCUUAUGAAAGCCAAAUGACUGCCUGUUCUUUCAGUUUUUAAUACUGAUUUAACCUCUAUUAGGAACCUCCCUUCUAGUUCUUUGAAACUUAUAUAAUUAUCUACUUAUUCAUUCAUUUGUUCAUUUAUCAAUUUAAGAAAAUAUUGUUUAUUCUGGAAGGUAAAAUGCUAAUUGAGCUCAUUUCGAUUGCCACAUCUUUCAGAAUUUCAAAAAGCACCCAAAUUUUGGUAUUUCCUGCUUCCCAUGGAGACUGUUACUAACUAGAACCCAAUCAAUAUUUGCCAUGUUGAAUUAAGGAAUCUGAACCUGGUACCACACUUUGAAAAAUCUGUCACAGUUAAACUGACCACUUAUAUUUAUGGUUCUCCUGCAACCGGCUCUACCUUAAAUAUACAUUCAUUGUCACUUUUCUCUGCUUGCAGAUUCGCAGGAAAGCAUUGACUGUUUUAUACACUGAACAUAAUUAUAAUCAACAUUUAAUUGUUUUAAUGCUAUUACUUCCAUAUUUUAAUAACUUGGAAUCCUCUUAUUGCCUUUGUAUCAUUUCUAUUCUGAUUAUGAAAUUUCCGAUAAGAUUUAUCAUUGAUCAUACGUCUCUUCAUUAAUAUGUAUUUAGGUAAUCCAAAGAUUACAUAAAGCAUCUUUCAACAAAAUUAUGAAUUGGCUGGAUCUAUUUUGAGGUUUUGGAGACUUGGGGUUUGUACUGUGUCUUAAGUGAAAUCUCAGAGGCAUCAGUCUCGGAGAUCAGUGAUCCAUCUGACGGGGGGCUUGGUUACUGGGAUCCUUUGUUUUCCUCUGCUCCUCUUCCACCCACUCCUUGUUGCCAGCCUUGUUCAUCCUUAAUUUAGGAGCUAAUACAAGAAGGUUGAGAAGUACGAAAUACCCAAAAUGUAAACAGAACUGUUCUGUCUCAAUGUUUCAGGGUGGAAAAUCAUAUGGAAACUCCAGGGAAUGUCCAUGGCAAGGCUGCUUGUUGCCUACAUGAUUGAAAUUUGGAAAUUAAAAGGAGAGAGAUUUAUAUCAUGCAGUUUUUCAUAAUUUGAUUUUUUUU